CACAUUUUACGAUGUUCAGUACACCCUAUAAAGUUUAUGUUGUUUCUUGCCAAGCAACUUGAUUGAUAUUUAUUAUAGACCACAACAGUAAAAAAAGUGAUGAACUCACAUAACUGGUCUAGUUUUGACCAAACAGUUAUGUUUACUGAACAUUCAAAAAAUUCCUCCUUCAAUGUUACAAAUGAUAACUUAAACCCAAUAACUUUUUUUCCAAACAACCAUGAAAUUCAUACAGAUUCAUUUCAUUCAAACUCAGCAAACUUUAUGCAUGAAGAAUUGAAGCAACAGGAUCAUUCAUUUAUUUCAACUAAGAAUGUUCAACGUUCUUAUGUAACGAAAAAACAUCAGAAAUGCGCUACAUCUGACAAUGUUAGUUCGCAAUGUUUUAUUGAACCCUCAUUAGUUGUCCCAACUGGUAUAAGACGUCGUGGUCCUAAAAAGAAGCCAGAUUCACAAGAACGUGUUGUUAGAAUGAAAAUGAGACGAGCUAGAGCUAAUGCACGUGAACGUAGCCGAAUGCAUGGAUUAAAUUCAGCAUUAGAUGCCUUAAGACAACACAUACCAUCUGCUUUAUUCGGUGGAUAUAUUUCCUUUGAUCUUGAUAAGAAAGAUGACACAACUAUCUGUACUACUCAUGCCAAUCAAAAACAAAAUGAAAGUAAUAAAUUAUUCUCGAAAAAUCAUCAAACCAGCAAUCCAAUAGAUCAAAUAAACAACAAUAAUAAUGUGAACAAUUUUCAUCAAUUUGGUCAAAAAUUAAGUAAAAUUGAAACGCUUCGUUUAGCUUGUAAUUACAUUGGUCUUUUAGCUUCAAUAUUAAAUGAUAUACACUUUGAAUCGAUAACAGAUAUUAUAAAAUAUUUAUGUCAUGGUUUGUCACAGAUAACGACUAAUCAGAUUGCAGCUGCUUUACAAAGUGAUCCUUCUAGAUUAAUGAAGCAUCAUGUAUUUGAUAGUAAUGAAAAUAAGUUACCAUAUGAUCAUUCUUACAAAUCGUCAUCAUCCAUUUCAUCAUCACCAAUUGAUGAUGAUGAUGAUGAUGUUAAUUAUACAAAAAAAAUUCAACAAAAUGUUAUAAGGUCAAAUUUAUUACAAAAUAAAUUGACCGAUGAACAAUUAAUGAACCAUUUAGAUUAUUAUUAUUCUUAUUCAAAUAAUGUUUCAUUGACCAUACCAACUAAUCAGUCUACAUCAAUUUCAAAUGUUAGUCAAUCUCUAGGACAUUGUUCAUCAAAUUGUACAGAAUUAUUAAAAUCUCAUAAUGAUCUAUUAAAUAAUAAAUUGUAUGAAUAUGAAAAUGUUGUAUAUGAUUGUGAACAAUAUAAAAUGAAUGAAUAUAGUUUAACAAUUCCUUAUAUACCUACUCAUUAUAAUGAAAAUAAUGAUAAUAAUCAGUUAAAUGAAUCAAUGAAUCAUGAACAUUCGAUGAACAAGACAAAAUUACAAUUACUUAAUAAUGAAGAAAUAAAUUUUAUUACUCCAUUAGAAACUAGUAAUUCAAUUCAUUAUUCAACUGAUUCAAAGGAACCAAUUUUAAAUUCAGAUCCUGAUCUAAGAUCUUAUUCAUAUUAUUGUCAUUAUCAUCAUUUAAAUGGUCAUUAUUAUGAUUCAUAUUGAGUAAUGAAUAUUACAACUUGUUAUUACGAUUAGUAAUUAUGAAAAAAAAAGGUUUUUUUUAAUAUAAAGUAAUAUCGAAUUGGAGAAAUAUUAGUGAUAUUGUUAAUAAUAGUUGAAGUCAUCAUAAAUAACAUAAUAUGAUCCAUGAUGAU